UUUUCAACAUUUAAUGCAUCAACUUAUCGACCAACAACUCGUACUGUGAUGUUUCGUGGAUUUUUAGGCGAAAAAAAUAAUAGAAUUCAUGAAAAUGAAUUAACCGAAUAUUUAAAUUCCAUAUCAUCGGAAACUAGUUUGAAAGAAAUAAAUCCUGAAAUCGAGACAGAUUUAUUAGUUAUAACUACAGAUAUUAGAACGCCUAAAGUAAAACAUUUGCUAGAGAAUCCUGGGUUUGAAGUUUACGCAUAUGUAUUACCACCACCAACAAAUCCCAUUCUUACUCAUUUUCCAUCAGAUUUGUUGCUUCCUUAUUCUUUUUCCGUCAAUUCAACUUCUCUAAUUGAUCAAUUUGAUUGGGAACAAGAACGCAAAAGAUAUUGGUACGAAAUGUCUUCUGAUAUACGUGCGGGUUUUUUAAAGCCCCCAUCAGCACAAGAAAUAAAUGAAGGUGAAAUACAAAACGUAGUACAAGGACUUGAUCCAAUAGGUAAAAACAUGGAUGAAAAAUUGUUGGUUAAUAAAGCAUUAGAAAAUUUUGGAUUGGUGAUAAUGAAGGUUGAUUAUGUUGAUCAUCUUGAAUUAAAGCUUACACAUAACGAUAAUAGAACUAUUUGGAAACUUCAGAAAA